AUGAUGGCCACCAUGGCAGACGGAUUGAAAGAAAGAGAAAACCUUUACAAGCUGAUGAUAAGGUAGAGUAAAAUGAAUAGAUGUGUUGUUCGCAGUUUUCCCUAAAACGUAGCGUAGAAAACGUUACUAAAAGAUCUUAUAGGAGCAAUGAACGGUGGAAGGUGGAAAAAGCAAGAUGGCGGCUUUUUGUUUGUACCCCGUAGAAGACGGCAAGAUCGAUACCAAAGACGUUUAUUUAUCUUUGCUGUUUUUUUCCUUAUCUAUAUACCUCACAAAUUAAAACUAUCAUGAUUUUUAACUUUUAACAUUGGGCCUGGUGGUAUUUCCAUCACAUGGUCGAUAGUUUCAGUGCAGUAUUAACCCGUUAUGAUGAAUUGAUGGCUUACGCCUUGGUUAAUUGACUACUGAUCUUCGAUUCCCCCCCUCUUCGCGUAUUUUUCAAAGUUACUUUAAACACCAUCAAGGUGAUUUUGAUGGAUUUUGUAAAUCUGAGAAAAGUUACUUGAAGAUGUUGUCAAAAUGCAAUGUCUUGUUUUUCUUGUUGUGCAAGCAGCUGCUUAAGGUUGACUGUGCAAUGUGUGGGAGCUGAGAGUCCUUAGUUAUUCAAUAAGCUCAGUUUUCGAAUACCUCCUAUUUUUUUCUCUUAAUGACUUUGUAAAGGAAACAGCUAUUUUUUAGAGCUGAUUCUUUAACAGCUAUCAGCAAACAUUGUUGUCAUGGGCUACACAUUAGUGUUUCUGUACUUGUUAGCUAGUAUUGAAUAUAUUGUUGACUUCAUUAAUUUUGAAUUGCUUUUUUCAGCCAACUUAGAUAUGAUGGAUUUGAAGCAAUUGCUUCCAACUUGGCUAAAGUUGUCAAUAUCAUCAGUGCUUGUCCUCCAAUGGCACGCCUACACCAAGUAGUUAAUCUUGGAAUUCAGGCUGAAACGGAAGGUGUGGUUAGAGUUAAAUGUAAUUUAUUACAGGCAAAGUGUCAAAGCCGUGAACACGAGAAAUGAGAAUACAGAGAAUACUAAGCUUGAGAAAGCUGUAGAACACUAAACAGCAAGCAACAGCAUUCAUAAGUUUAUUGUUUUGUCGCUAGCGUGUGUACAUGUCCUGACUUUUUCUGUGAUUGGUCAUAACAAAAUAAAUAUUCCUGGUAUGUUGGUAUGUGUAAUCAAAUGGUGACAAGUGAAAUUAGAGAAUAAUUUCACGCGCAUUUUGUCCAACCCUUAUAACAUUUGAUUACCUAUUAAUUUCAUGGGUGACGAAUUACGUUUAGCAAUCUUGGAUUUUUGACAUGUUUAUCCUGGAUCGUAUGGAUCGAGAACUCCACUCUCUCAAAUGUUUAGACCUUAAAUUUGGCUUAUAAAGUUCAUAAUUUUUCAGACUAUUUCGGCAAAAUACCUGUUAGAAUCCUUCUUGACGUUCUCUUGUGUGUUCAGGUUUUCUAAAGCGUCUUUUUGUGCCCUGACAUCUUCAUUCACGGCAUUUUAAAACUUCGUCGCCAUCUUGACACUCAGGCGUACAGAAGGUUGCCAUGGCAAUUUUGUAAUUUCACAUGUGAAAUUACAAAUUAACGCUGAAAUUUCGUGCCAAAAUUAAGGAGUAAUUCGUCACCUAUGAUAUUAAUUUGGUAAUUGAUUUGUUUUGUUAGGAGUGAAGCCAGAACAACCAGUCAUCCCUGGUCUAACACCAUCAGUAGAAACAAAGCGAGGAAUUGAUUUGGAAUAUGAACCAGAAGGUGAGGAAGGAAAUGAAUUUUAUGUCUAGAACAUUUCCAGUUCUGCCUUUUAAAGAAACACAAGGCAGUGCUCUAAGGAAAAUUAAAGGGAGCCCAGUACUCGUAAUCUGUGAAACCCUGGGAGCCCAGCAUGUGAUUUGUAUUAAAAAAAACUUAAGAUUUUGUGGUUGCCCAAAAGCAAAAGUUGGGUGCCAGGGGCCACCGGGCUCUGCUAGGGCACAACCCUUAAACAGCCAAUUCCUUGUGGUACUACAGAGCUCAUUCAUUGUUACGUGUAACUAUUCAAGUUAAGAAAUGACCACAAGAAUUCCCAAGGGUAACAAACAUCAAUUUCUGUCCAAACAAUUUACAUACAUACAGUGGAACCUCGAUGUAAUGAAGCCCCAUAUAACAAAGUCCUCGACAUAACAAGCGAUUUUCUUUACCCCAGUAAUACAUGUAGUAAAAUAUAUGGGCUAUUGAUCCUUGAUAAUAAUUCUUUUCGAAAAUCCAACUGGUUGGUCUUUAUUGAGGGAAAACAACUUAAAGCCAGUCCCUUGGCCCUGUUCGUAUGGCCUAGUAAUCUCAACCAAUCAGAAUGCAGAGGUUCCACUGUAACAGGACUAAAAGGAAAAAACCUUGAUAUAACGAAACCUCUUUACGGGAACACAUUUUGAAUUCCAGCUUGUUCUUUGGAUAAGCAGUUGUCACAUUUUGCUUGUCCAGGACCACUUCUUGCUUGUCUUAGUUAAUAAUUUAGUUAGAAGGUGACCUGCUUAGGCCUUUUCCAUUGGGCAAGUGAAUUUAAAAGUUACUUGCCCCAGAAGAAAAUCUACUUGUCCUGGAUGACCGGAUGGGAAUUUUUUCGAGCCAUGCAUAAUCAAGAAAAAGGUUGUGAGAAUUAAGGAAAUGAACACCAAAGAAAUUCUCUCAACUUAUCUUAUAAGGAAAUCUUGGACAUCAGUCUGGAGAAUUUGUAUGUGGGUAUUGGGACUUAAAGGGUUAAUACACCAGGCUUUGCUACAGCUGUCGAUGUGUUACAAGUCAAAAUUAAAUUCAGGUUAAUUUUUUUUUAACCUAGGUUGAUUCUCAAUUCCUAGGGCUAGAAGACAAAGGAAACUGAGAAUCAACCUAGGUUACAGGGUUGUCAGAAAGUUUGAAGUAGACGGCUGAGUUGUCAAAGUGAGCGGCCAGUCCAGGGAUAUUUUAUUUUAAAAAUAUUCAUAAAGAAAUGCCAAGCAGAGUAGCCAGCCUAUACUAACCAAGUGGGUGGGGAUUUUCGCUGGUAGCCGGCUACUUUUGACAACCCUGGAUAAAAAAUUAACCUGAAUCUAAUUUUGACCUGUAACAGAUGUACCUUCAGCAGCCUUUAUGGGAGAAUAAAAAAUCAUCUUUGACAAUGGCAGGUCUUUGUUGGAUGGGUUUAGAAACACACCCUUCCAGAUAAACUGCAUUUGGUAUAGAUCUACCAUUUAUUCUUUUAGAUCAGUGGGGGAAAAGAUGCAAGCAAAUGAAAUGGAAUGCUUGUCAAUACGUAUACUGAAUCAAUUCUUUAUUUUAAUCUGUAGCACAUUACUAACUACACCUGCAUACUCAAUCCCAACUUGUUCUUCAAGGAUUUGAAGAGCAAAGAAUAGUUAGAAAGUACAAUACAGUACAUGUACCUAAAUUUUGGAGGCUGUUUUUUUACGGUAUUUUAUCUGCUAUAAUCCCUUCCAGUUGAAAAUUUUUUUUUUUUCUCAAACAAUAAAGAAUAAAAAUUAGUCAAUCAAGUGAGGGCUGAGCUUUCAGAAAAUUGAUAUCCCAGGUGUCAAUUUUCACACUUAAGGUGUAGUUUCUUAAGUUGCCUGGUUUUGUGCUUGGGGACUUUGAAUUUUCUGUACUUACAUGUUCAGCAAGUAUAAGAUUAAUUACCAUCCUUACAUGAUGUGCCAUAACUUUGUGCUACAACAUCUGCCAAAGUGUGGGUUAAUACUUUUAAACUGAGUACCCUGUUUCACGAUGACCACAGUGUAAAAAUUAAUAAUUAUACAAGUCCGUCUAAGAAAAAAAAGCAAAUAAAAAAUCUUUCAGCUGAAUUAACAACCUAACAAUAUUGUAACUAAUCAAUGUACAUGUAUAAAUAUUUGAGUUUUUUUUGCCACCUUUCCUUGCAUUAUUUAAUGCCAAAAAGUAGCGUUGUUCAACUUGAUUAAUUUCUAUUUAGCAUCUGUAAGUGUGUUCAGGUUGGAAAGUACGUUAAUUUUGUAGUAGUUGUUUAUGUUUUAGAUGACAUCUUUUCUCAGGUUAAACCAGAGUUUUCUUUGUCUCAAAUAAAUAAUGUUGUUAGGGCCAGAAAACAGAGGAAGUUCUGAAUCAAACUCAAUGUACCGUUAUUACAAUGUAGGUUUAUCCUGAGCAAGGAUUUUUACCUACAACAUUAUUUUGAAAAAAUGUUCUUCAAGUAACCACGAACAUUUGAUUUCAAAUUAAAAAUCAUGAUAAAGUCAAGAAAUUAAAGGUCCCAUUAGAAAGUUUUAUAUAUUCUGUCCACAAUAUUUAAACAUAACUGUUUUUAAAUCUCAAGGACAUACACUACUAGUCUUGUUCAUACAUAACUUAAUAAUUAUUUGGGGUACUUCUUGAUCAUAAGUAUCGAUAUUUUUACGGUGAAAGAUGCUGAAAAUUAAUGUACCUUAACAUACAGGUAGUCAAACAAAUUUAAUGUAAUAAUAAUAAUCAUUAAACUGACUGAAGUGAUGGUGGACUAAAUAGUUGUGGUUAUUCACUAAGCUGAGUGAGGUACAUACUUCCAUGUUUGAAAAGGCUUUAGUGAAUGGUGGUAUUGUCACUUGUUAAUGGAAAAUGGUUUUAUAGUGGAUAGUGUACAAGAGGGUCUAGAUAUUGCAUGAACCUACUUUGCCUACAUUAACCAGUAGCCCAGAAGUGAACAACCAAAUGCUUUUUACAUGUAACUCCAAGCAAGUUGUACGCAAUUUAAUUAAUUUAGAAUAAAAGUUAAGUGUACACUUUUAAAGAGUGCUCUCUCACGAAAAGUUCGUAAUAUUUCUUGUCUCAAAAUUUGAAACUCAAUCCUCUGUCAUCGAGAUUCAAUUCUCAAGACACGAGACUCCAUCCUCAAAAGUGUUGAGAAUCAAGUCUCGAGAAUCGAGAUGUGAGUGACUGUCAACUUACUUUUGAGCCGUACUGUGGCUGUUCUGUGUGGUUUGUACUUAUGUACUUCAACUGUAGAUUGUGUGAAUGAGUGGGAAAUAACACUGAUUAAAGUGGUUGAUUCAGUAUACACAGACUAAGUGAUUCCAUUUCAUUGCUUGUUUAGGGAAUGAUCUGACUGGAGAAUGGUAUUCCAGCUCCACCAGUGAUGAGUCAUUCAUGAACAAUCUUAAACUUCAAAAAGUAGAUCAAGAAUCUGGGGGUGAGCGUAAUGACAAAGCAGAUGACGCGCCCUCUGUGAACACAGUUCUUCAUCACAUUUUAAGAAUCACGUCUGAUAAGAAACUUUCGUCUGAGCCUCUGCAAUUUGAAAAACCAGCCACAGACUCCAAACCUUUGACCCCCAAUGGCGAUGUCCUUGAUGCAGAGAGCAUUUGUGAACAAGUUAAAGUUGAGCUUGUUAAGUACAAUGUAUCCCAAGAGGUGUUUGCCAAAGCUGUGCUUGGAAAAUCCCAAGGGUAUCUCUCUGAAAUGCUCAAACAUGGCGAAAGUUUCUUCCGUCCACAUGAUAAUACUCAUUACAAGGGAUGGUUGAAUUUUGACACCAUGCGGCGGUUUCUUCUCAAGCCAGAAGAGGAACGGCUGAUGAUUUAUCAGAGCAAAGGAGAGGAGCUGAAGAUGGAGAGACUGAAACGUCGGCAGAUUGAAAUUGUAAGUUGUAUUUUGAUUAUCAGUAAAAAAUGUUUAAAAAUAGGGCUUGAGGCAAGAAUGAUUGUGCUGAUUUGGUUUUAUUCUCACAUUUUGUUUACUUGUUUAAAAACAGGGACGUGUACAUUGUAAUGAUCAUUCCAGUUAUGGCAUGAUGCAUAACAGAAUUCACAGGGGUGAAUCUAGGAAGAGGGUGCAGGGGCUGCACAUACCUCCUGAGAUGACUUGCGGCUUUCUAAUACAGUUACCCAAAAUCUUCUAUAUUGUUUGAUAUGUAUUCUCCGCAGUUCAUUGUAUUCACUUUUUUUUCCUGGAUCCGCCCCUGAUUCAGUUGCUUUUUGGUUGGGUCCCCCUCACAACUUUCAACCACUCUAGUGUUUUGUAAAGUUGCAUUGUUGGUACUAUGGUCACUUGACUUUGUUACACUAUGGGAAAGAUAUUGACUGUUGUCUGUUGUGUAUCUAUUGUAUUCAUGUACAUUUUUUGCUGUAGUUUUUAGAGUUCAGUCUGGGGUGCAUUCUGUUCAAUUCAUGCAUUUUUUUGUCUAAUGACUUGCAGUACAAAAAUUCAUUCUGGUGAAUCAAAUUGUCUCCCCAACCUGUUACAUGCCCCUUAUCAAUAAAGAGGAUUUUAUAACACUAGAGGUUUGUUAUUUCAGUUGAGCAGCAAGCAAAAAUGCAUGUCAGUCCAAACUCCAGAAGUGCGAUGUGGCACAGUUGGUUAUUGUGGAGCCUUCUGUGCGGGAGGUUCUGAGUUUGCUCCUUGGUGACAUCACAUCCUUGUUUCAACUUCUCUCCUCUCUGUGUAGCUUUGACUUGCUUUAAACACCCUUAAAACAGAGCAUUGAUAGAGAUGCGGGGGGGGGGAUGAGCACACUGUUGACCUCAAGUUUAUCAGUUAUUACUGUCACAAAUUAUGGACGUAAAAUAAUGGUUGCUUUACCUUUUACUACUUUAUAUUUCUUUCUUCAUUUUUUAUGCAUUUUGAAAUAAUGACACCUUUUCUUCAGCAAAUUCUUUCAAGUAGUGGGAUAUACAUUCUUCAUCUGGAGAGUUUCUAGAAGAUUUAAUUUGUUCAAAACGUAGACACAAAAAUGACUGCUGAUGCAUUGACCUUGUACAACUCAACUACUGGUACUGUCUUGUUUGACUUCAUUUUAUUAAUGUUUUUAAGGGUUUAACUGAAGAUCCUUCAAAGAAGAAAAGACGCCUUAUCCCAAUGGAGGCAAAAGCUGUUAUGGAAGAUUAUUAUCACCGCAACAAAUACCUUUCCACUAAUAACCGUCAGUGCUUAGCCAAUCAGCUGGCUAUCCCAGAACAAUGCAUUAGCGACUACUUUAAGAAUCUAAGGUCUAGGAAGAAACAUGAGGAACGCAUGAAGAAUUUGCUUCAAGACCUUGAAAAUGGCCACAAACAACUCGACCAAGUUGAUUCUGACACUGCUGAGGGUAGUCUUGAAGAUGAAAUGGAUGAUCAGCUUCCAUCAUGCUCUGAGAAUCUUUCAGCUGCGGCAAUAAGAGAUGAACCUCCACCUCAAGCCCGGCCUCCAAGUCAAAUAAAACAUUCUGGAAGAAGGUAUAAUGUUGCCCCUUUUCAAGAACCACCAGCUAAGAAUGUGUCUGAGACAGAUUUAGUGGCAUCAAAAAUUGCAGCUCUUACACAAAGUCAGAAGUCUCCACACAAAGAUCCAGGAACUGUGCAGGCGUUGGCUAGAAGAGAUUCCAAUGCUCAUCAGCGAGUGACUGCACUUGAUCAUUUCCCUAGUCGUGAAGAUUCCCGACGUGAAGCUUGUAACUGUCCCCCAUCUCAGCCGUCUUCCUCUGGUGCUGACGCAGAAGAGAGGUUCUCUCUUGACAGCUUGUUUAAUGGAUCCAUGAUGGAGCUUCAAGGUGGGACCACAGAGAGAGAAACUCUGGAGGUUGGACAGCAGAUUUAUGUAGUGCAUUUAAACAACCAUGUACAAGCAAGUAUCCAGGACUAAAGCUGUAAUAUUCUUAAGUUCAAGCUUUGUCUCUUAUUAGUGAACUGAUGCAAAGGGAUGGCAGAGGGAAGAAGAUGGCAAACGUUGUGUGACAAGCAUGAUAAUAAUUUGUUUGAAAACAAUUUCUGCCAAACUUCACCUUCUUUUUACAAGAUCUUUUUGUGAAAGAGUAAAACAGUUAAGUUAAUUGAACAUCACAACAAACAUGUAGGUACAUGUAAUAUGCAUGUCACGUUUGUCGCACAUAAGCAUGUUGCUGUCCUCUUCUUUGUACCAUCCUUUGAGUUCACUAUUGCGAGGUUCAAGACUGGAAAACAUACGAUGCAAGUGUAAAUAUUUGUAAAGUAAAAUAAUGGUUGAAGGAAAUUAACAUCAAAAGGCUAAUAUUAUGAUAAGAAAAAAAAUCUGACCAUACUAAUGAAUUUAGUCCACAGAUUAGAAAGUCAGGUACAUCUUAUAUAGCACAGUGAGUACAAAUGUGAAUAAUAUUGAAAAAACAAACAAACAACAAAAAAGAAAUGCCACAAAUAAACAAUCUUUUACGAUCAGUACUGUAAAGUUUUAAAGUACAUGUAACAACUGCUUAAAAAUAUGCCUUAGAAAAUAAAGUUAAGAAAUGAUGUAAACAAUUAGAUCCUGAAAUUAGCUAACUUCAAAAAUAACAAGUUCAGUCAAACUCCCCUUUAUGGACACCCACUUAAUAUGGACAUCUCGUUUAUUAUGGACAGUUUUCUUUGUCCCUGGAGAAAGAAAGCCCUUCCAUUUUCUCUAAAUUCAAUUCGCUUAACCCUUUAAGCCCCGAUAUCCACAUAUAAAUUCUCCAUACUGACCUUCAUACAUUUCCUUAAAAAAUAGUUGAGAGAAUUUGGUAAAAGAUCAAAGCAUUUUUCCUUUGGUGAUCAUUUUAUUAACUCUCAUAACCAUUUCUCUUGGUAACAUGGAUAUUGUUAGGAGAGUAUUGAUGUUGGUCACUAUCGGGACUUAAAGGGUUAAUACGGACAUCUCAUUAAUACAGACACUUUGUAUGGUCCCCUCGGUGUCCGUAUUCACGGGUUUGAUUAUGCCUGCAGCUGGGGCCAGGUGUGACAAAUAAUGUUUGAAAAGCUCUUGGAUUUCCUGCGUCAUUUGAAGCAAGUUGAUAAUGCUUUAAGGUUUUUCCUUUUCCGUAAGAACUUCUAUGUAACAUAUGUACGGUUACUAUGAAAUAGGCCCUUUGCAGCUAGUUGGAGGGAAAACAAACAAAGGAAAAUAAUACCAUUAGAACAUGUGAGCUCUUUAUUUGUCUUUUCCCAGUACAUCCAUUGCUCUGUAGCAUGGCUGUUUUGUACUGUGUGGAAGACUAGCUGAAAAGUGCCUCUGAGUACAUAAAGUGGCUCUUUUUUACCAAGGUAUCAUUACUUACACCUGUACUAUUUGAUGCCUCCUAUGUUAGUAACAGUAUUCCUAAUGGGCAUUUGAAUGCUUAUAGUGUAGGGGGUGGAGGUGUGCUGUUAGAACUCUGAAACCUGUUAUCUUUUACCAGGUCACUGGAAUCCCACUCCAUGGCUAACCGCUAAAGAUCUUGCCAAUAUGAUUCCUUUAUAGACUGUAUUUACUACCCCUGAACAGUUUUGUUUUUGUACCUUGUACCUUUUUCUAAGUAAAACCUAGCCUGUGUGGCAGGCAACAGUUUAUUUUUAGGUUAGGUUUGAUAUAGCAUGCGAGGGGAACAUUUCUCCCCUCUUGGUGUGCGCACUCAUCCUUAAAAUUUUUUCCUUCGCCCUAAAAGAAGUUGUGCUAUGUAGGCAAAGUCAAACUCUCUGAAUUCUUGCUCAGACCAAGUUACUUCCAAACCAUGCCCCUGAUAGCAGCUCAUGUUUCCUUCUAACCUCAGAAUGGGAGGAAAGGAAGGCUUGAGUAACUAUAGUGAAAUGAUGCUAUUGUAAGAGUACUAUGAUAGUGAAACAUCUCUUUUGUCUUGAAAUGAGUAAUAUAACUGUAACAAAGUAAUUUUCAGUGUAUUAUAAAUGUUCAUUUUAUGUAAAUUAUUAUUUUAGUAAUGUAAUAUAUCGUUGUAAUCUUGUUAUAACAAUAACAGUACAAAUUGAAAUGUUCUAUUUAACCGACGAAAAAAAUCAAGAAAUUUAAGAAAGAGAUUAAAGCAUAUCUAGAAGAGUAUUUGAAGUGCUUUUUUAUUGAGUUGAUGACAAUAUCCUUAUCAUUUGCCACCUUAAAAAGGACCACUUUUUGGAUGACGCCCUUAGAAUUUUUCUAUUGUUUUAUCUUCUUGUAAACGACACCGCUUAAGGGAUGGUUUGAUCUCUAUGCUCGUUGUAUGUACUACACUACCCAGAGAAUGCAAUAACAUGAAACCAGACGUAUCUUACUAAGAAGUUUCAUGUAAUGAACUCUUGUACAAAAUGGAAGAUGCGUACGGUCCUCUUUAGCCUGCGUGGCAGGCGUUCGAAAGGGAAGGGGAAGGGAAUUAGGGCGCGAGACCACGCGCGCCCCACGCGCUCUCGCGGGCCCAAAUUGCCCCCUUCCCCUUCUCCUUUUAACGCCUGCCACGCAGGCUAGGUCCUAAACUACUCUCCAAACUGAUCUCUAUACAUUUCCUUGAAGAAUAAUUCUUAACUAAUUAUUCAAUUAUCAAAGGAUUUUCUCUUUAGUGAUCAUUUCCUUAAUUCUCAUAACCAUUUCUCUUGGCAUUAUAUGGAAACUGUUAGGAGAAAAUUGAUGUUGGUCACUCUUGGGCCUUAAAGGGUUGAGCGACACAAAAUCUUGGCUGGGCGCUUAAACGCGCCCAUUUGAAAAAUGUUGAUCGUGAACAUGCUAAUGAGUGGAAAAUGGUAUAUUUAGAGAGUGUCAAUCAAGAGUUCCUUUCUCUGUGUCCCUCUCCUGAUUAUUGUUCUUCCUCAGACACCCACAACAUUUGGCUGUUCAUUGAAAGAGGAUAGUUAUUUGGGACUAUCAACAAAAACGUCCAACUUGUGGCCAUAGCGGGGGAUUGAAACAGUACCCUAAACCACUUGACCAUCAUCCGUUAACAAAGUGAACUCAGAAAACAAAAUGUUCUUACAGCCUCUAUCAUUAUACCUAUCCAGUUACUAGCUUUCUUUUUGGCUCACAAGUGAAACAGCUGUUUUUCCUCUUUCAGAAUUUCUUUUACUCCAUUUAUCUCGUUUCCUGUUUUACAGAUCAUGGCACCAGCCCGCCGGCAGCUAUGUAUGAAACAUACUAUGUCACAGCACAUAAACAACCUUGUAGAGCAGCCAGCUUUAGUCAAAAUGGUAAGAUGGUCAGUAAUAGGGCGGACGUCAAAAAUGGCAACCGGAAGUUGAUAUUUUCUCUCUUUCAGUGCUCUGACUCGGCAAAUACGUACAGCGGGACUUUAAACAAAGGCAUUCAGAUUCGUUGUGUGAGACAGAAGCGUUCCAUCAAGCGAGAUAUCGAACUUCCGGUUGCUAAUCAUGACGUCCGGGACGUUAGCGUUUUCGUUGCUUAAGCUCGCUAAUCCAGUAGCCGAAGAGCUGAAUAGCCCCUUUCAUACCCUGGGUGCAAGUGGCUUUUCAUGCGCGGUUUCCCGUUGCGGUCGAGUCUUAAAAAGUGACCCACGCGAAAAGUUUUUUCUCGCGGCUUCGCCGCUCGUGUCUUCGGCCUUCGGCCGAACACUUGUCGGCCUGUGGCCGACGGAACGAAGCUCCCCGUCGCACGCGAGAAGAAACCUCUAGUACCCUUGGUACUCCUUUCACGCUUUGACUAUUGACUGGUUUUCUUUUUUAGGACGAUUGAUUUCGACCGGCUCUGCUGAUGCUUCAAUCAAGGUAAUUUAAACUGAAACAUCUUUUAUGUUACCUAUGUAUAACCUGUAAAAAGAAAGAUUUUAAAGAAUCGUUUUUUUAGUUUUUAACCACGUGUGCUUUGCUUUUUUCUGUCCAUAAGUCAGUUUCCUUGUCUUCAAAAUAAGUAACAUUGUAUAUGCGACUUUGCCUUCCGCAACCCACAACUUGCUCCUAGAGUAGACACAGAUCUCGGCUAGUUUCCAUUUUUUAUGGAAGACGUUUCCGAAUAAUAUUAAGUGCUUAAAUAUUAGAUAUUUUUCGUGUUGCAUGCCCUGGACUCCAGAGCCAAAGGUAAUGCCAAUACCUGUCACUCAUUCACGUACUGUGAAUUAUUUUAGCUGAACAAAUCAAAAGCCACGCUCGUUUGUAUUCAUUCGUACGAUAAACCCAUCAAAUUGCUCUUUUUACGUUCGCGUGCUGUUUUCAUGCAAAAUCAUUUCCAGGUGAUACGAAAAAAGUUCUCUAUAGGUAGAAUAAAACUAUCACUUGAUCUCUCUCUAAAUCCCAAAAUAAUAAAAAGAAAUGAUACUAUGUGUUUUUUUUAGGUGUUAGAUGUUGAAAGAAUGGUAGCGAAGAACACAAUGCCCCAGUCACAAGACCAAGGAACAGGAACAAAUCUAGAGAAUCAUCCUGUUAUACGGACGCUCUAUGAUCACAAUGAUGUAAGUUAGUGGGGGGGGGGGGGGGGGAUUGGAUGGGAGAGACUUAAAUGUGUAUAAGGCGUUGUUAUGGUUCACUAAAUUACGCUCUGCUAAUGGCAAAAUUCUCAAUAUACUGCAGCUGUCUACAUGAGGAAAAGAUCCCUUUUGACAGUUUUGUAAUACUUCUUGGUGAGAAGUUGAGCAUUCAGAAAGAAAUAGCUUUUGGAAAUAAUAAUUGUACGACCUUUGAAAAAACCUUUCAACAUGCAUUUGCGACGUGGGUAUAGGUUUUCUUGUUGUUGCUGCAGUUUUUGUUUUAUUGUUUUAGAAUUAUUAUCAUUAAAAUUUUCAGUAUUGUUUUUCUACUUUCUUCUUUUUUAAAUAAAAGAUGCAGUAGAUAGUACAUAAUGUUCAUAACAAUUUCUGUAAAUUUGACAUUUACUUGUAAAAAAGGCGUUGUUCUGAGGGCGAUAGUGUGGGAGGGGAGGCAGGAACUGACUGAAAUGCAUACAUUUUACAUUUUCCUCCUUGAGUUUUGUUCUAAAAGGUUUUUAAACUCUUCAACAAUAGACAAGGUUGGGUGUAUGUGCCCUGGAGAAUGGUGGUGCCAAGCGUAAAAGAGACAAACACAACGUAUCCAUGGCAACGGUACAUACUUACCUAAAGGGGAGGGAGGGGCGGGAAAGAAAUCAGCACAAGGCAGCUAGUUAUGAAAGGUAUAAUGCAUUUUUAUUCCCUCAGGAAGUGACUGCUGUUGAAUUUCACCCCAGUGCGCUGGUGUUGGCAUCAGGAAGUAAAGACUGUACGGUCAAACUUUUUGACAUAUCAAAACCUUCGGUAAAAAAAGCCUACCGCUCUAUACAGGUAUGAAAUUAUCGCGUUCGUCAGAACGCAUCCUAAUCUUGGUGUUCCUGUGGUACAAAACCACAAAUUUUCGAAGUAUCAGGGGCGACUGCCGAUUAGCCGCCCCCUCUGAUUUUAUCAGGGGCAUCUCGGCCAGGAAACUGGACUCCUUUCGACUUGAUUUCGUUUCCGAAAGUGACGAACGCGGAUCCCUAAUCAAUAACAAAAAUAUUUAUUUGAACGGUAGAGACAGGAUUUUUUGCUAGUAAAAAAGUUAAUUGACUGGCUGUUUUUUGCCAGUUGAGAUCUUAUCGAAAAGGUUUGCCAUAUCUUUAAACAAAAACCUGAAAUGGCAGCUCACAAAAGGGCUGUAUAGACUUUCUCAAAGCCCGUUUCCGGUUUGUGCUGGUUAGGUGGUCAGUCGGGAAACGGACGACUCGUGACCUACGUCACUAGCUUUCGUUCGCUUUGCGAGCGUCCUUCGCGCCUUUGGCGCUCACGCAGUCGACUUGUGGCAAGUCUAAUUAGCGUAUUGGUCGCUGGCUGCCGUGAGUCCUUUUUUCUUUUUCUUGUUAUGUACUUAUGCAUGCGUAGCUUCUUUGCUUCAGAAUUCUGCAAAACCGUUUACCUUUCUUUAUGGAAAGAAAUCUAUUGUUGUUGGUGGUUUCAAAUUUCUUCGAGAGAAAUGCUUAGUAGCAAACGUUUGCUUAAGGAAUCCUUGUAACUUCCAAAAACCACUCGCUUUUUGUUGAUUAUCAUUUUGCGACAGUUAAUUUCAGUUCUGACACUCAAAAAUUGAUACUCGACCUCAGCUGGAUUCUCGAAAACUUCAGUUGUCGAUAAACUAGUGUUCAGUCAGGAACCAAUGGUUACAUCUGACUGUAAAGUUAGCACUUGUUUGUCAGGUACUCUCCAUCCGAAAAUACAUCAGCGUUAGCAGGCUAGUCUCUUUGAGACUUUGGGAGAUUGACUUAAACAAAUAAAUUUAUUGUGAGCUUUUUUAAUCUUUUCAGGAAGCAGAGUUCGUCACGUCAAUGUCUUUUCAUCCCACAGGGGACUUCAUCCUUGUUGGCACAGAGCACCCAACAAGUGAGUUUGUUGACAUCAAUAGCCGCAAAAGCCAGAACCACCUUUAUAUAACAAUUUUAAAAAUACUGCAGUUUUGCAUUAACCCAGGCAGUUACUGCUCCCCCGUCCUCUACAGCACUGUGAUCAGUAUUACAGAGGAGUAGUAAAUCGUCCUCAGUAACGCGCUUAGCGUAUGUAACGACUUAUGGAAUUCGUGGCCAAUCGUAUGUCAAUAUCUUGGUCUUAAAUUUGGUGGAUAAUUUUCUCCCUUCUCUUUAAUUUUAGUUCGACUUUAUGACACCAUCACUGGUCAAUGUUUCGUCUCGUCAAACCCUCGGGAAUACCACACGGGAACCAUUAAUAUGGUGAGUAGGGUGACUGCUGAGAUAUGGUUAGCCUGUGUAAAAGUCUGUUUGAAGGAAGUGGGAAAGUAAGUGGUGGGAGUAGGGGGUAGGGGGUAGGAGGAGCACAGCACUCUCCCCCCACCAGUGUGGUCUGGGUUUAAGUCCCAGUGUCGACGCCAGGGGGGGUGGGGGGGUCUGCGUUUUGGUUUGUCUCUUCCUUGCUGAGCUAGGUUUUCUCAGUUCCGGUGGUCUGGUUUUCGCCUCAGUCUCUCCAAAAGCAGUACUUCUAAACCUCAGUUAGUUCUGGAACACGUGAACACUCAAAAACAGGUUUUAGAGUGCCAAUUUUCCAAACGUUCAAGUCUGGCGCCCUCGUGCGCCCAAUCAACCCUAACCACGUCAGCCUAGGAUAUGCUGUGUAUCGAAUGUAUUGAAACCCCUGCACUGAAAUGUCAUGCAGGCUGACACACAAAGGGGCUUGUAAUUUACAGUUUCGUAACAGCCAAACCAAAGUAGUUGUAUUGACCAAUCACAGUGCACAACAAUCUUGCUGAUGAACCAAUCAGAACGUGAAAAGAAAGACGUGUUGCUGGAGUCAAGCGCGGGAGAAUUGGGCGGGAAAACACACUUGAGUUGGGUUUUACAACUGAUUGGCUGAGAAUAUGGCGGGAAGUUUGACAGCUUUAGCUUUCGCACAACAUUCAGCCUUCUAUCGAGUGAAUAGAGAGGAGAAAUGUGAUGUCAAGUUACCAUGGUAACCAAAUUUCUGGGCCCAGAUGUUCGAAGACCGAUUAGCGCUUAACCCAGGGUUAAAUUUAACCCGGGUUUCUUUUUCUUUUGUUCAAAUGCAUUUUCACUGAUAAUUUUCUCUGUUAUUUUUAAGAGCAUCCAAUCAUCAACUUGCUGACCGAAAGAAUUAAUCUGAAUUUACCUUUUUAAGUUUUCAUAUCUAAAUUCAAAUUUCGCUCCAGCUUUGAACAACCCGGCCCUGGGGCCCGUUUCUCGAAGCUCCCGGUAAUUACCGGGCCCGUUAAGCUGUUUUGUUUUCCAUUUUAGAAGGGAGUUUUAGAAGUUUUGAAAAUUAUACAGUAGAGUCAUUAGCUAACGAAACAAAAUGGACUUCAUUAGAGGACAGAACACACCCUACUUUUCUUGAGACUUUGAUUCAAAAAUAUGAUUCCGGGCCCGUUAAGUUACCGGGACUUUCGAGAAACGGGCCCCUGGAUGAUAACAAUUUGGCCGAGAUUAAGCACCGACGGCGGCGACAGUAACGAGAACAACAACAAAAAUACCCGAUAGGUUUAGCUUAGCAAAACAACAACUUUGCACGUGCAUCACACUUUUUUGUACAUUUCUUAGCCGUCGUUGAACGACUGCAACAUGAAACUUCCUAAUUUCACGCGCCGCUUUACGGAGUAGGUGAACACAAUACAAAAAGUUUCUUUUUCUUCUUUUAAACUCACAUACGGUCCUUUUGGAUUAAAUCCAGAAAAUGUCGCCAACAUUUGAUGACAAAUUAAAUGAAACUGAAUAAGAUCGAUGAAGUUUGAAACAGUGCGAAUUUACUUAUAAGUGAAUUUUCGGUUUGCUGUCAUCCAAAAAUUUUGCUACCAUGGCAACGUGAAGUAACGACUUUCCCUCCCUAUUUUCUGGUCCACUAAGGAAUUACUUCCUUCUCUGCAUGUAAUCCGGGUUUUUUCUAGUUUUGUUUGCCUAAUAACGUUUACUGCAUGAAUAACGUUUUAUUUGUUUACCAUGUCGUGUUUAGGUGAAAUAUUCGCCGUCAGCUAAUCUUUACGCAUCUUGCAGCAAAGAUGGUUCUAUAAAGGUAAGUAACAGUGUGAUGUAGUUAACAGUUAUAAGGUGAGGCUGAGUAUGAUAUGAAGAAAAUUAUGAAUAACACCUGCAAGAUCUGCGUAAUUCCUGAUAUCAUUCGAAAGCUUAAGUCAGUUUUUGUUUUAUUAUUCAUUCAAAAUAUUUCAAAGCUCAAAGCACGCUUAUCUUAAUGUUAAGUUUCCGUCACCAAAACAUUUACCUAUUCCUCGGCAGUUCCAGGAUAGGAAGGAAUGUUUAAAGACCAUUUUACCGAUACGGCGGCCAUAUUGAAUUCAUUAAAUUUAUGGAGUUUUAUGGGAUGCCCAGGGUGUACUUUCUCAGUAUUUUCACGCGCUUUUCGGGCAAAAACAGAACUUCAAUGUAUAUUUCUCGGGAAAAACGCGAUCAUUAUUACAUCCAAACACGGCACAACGAUGUUUUUUUCCCAUUACAAUCUUUUUCUACGAAAACUUAAAGAAAAAUUUUCCCGAAAAGCGCGCGUAAAUACUGAAGCGAGUAUAUCGGAUCGUGCUCAUUUCCCCUGGGCGUCCCAUAAUAUUCCUUAAAUCCAAUUAAUUCAAUAUGGCCGCCUUAUUGGUAAAAAGGUCUAUUCCCAGCGUGGUACUGCCUGCAAUGGCCUAUACGGAGUACCCUGGGUACCACAGGCUUUUCAUGCGCGGUUUCCGGUUUCUGCUCGUGUCUUCGGCCUUCGGCCGAACACGUGUGGGCCUACGCCCGACGGAGCUACUUGUCGCACGAGAGAAAAAACCUCUGGUACCCAGGGUAAUACGGGGAGGCUCCGCCCGAAAAGCUACCUUUUCAGGCUUUAGGCAUAUGAAAUGGUAGCGAUGUCACUUGUUGAAGUGUAUGAAAGGGUAGGAAAAUCGGUCAUUUCGGUCGGCAGAAAGACUCCAACAAAGGGCUAACAAAUGUAUUGAAUGGAUGUUAAAAAGUCGAGAAGACGUUGUGGUUUUGUGAUUUAUUAAUACUUUAAAUAUAAUGCAUUUACAGCAGUUAAAAGGGGUGCAAAGUUCUAAACUAGGCUUGUGAAAGGGGUACCAUUUGCCGAUAGAAGAAAUUCGAAAUGGGUACCUUUUCUGUCAAAAUUGGUAUAUUAGACUUAAGCAACAUAACGGAAACGUCAGUUGACGACGGGAAAGCGCGCUGAAAGGACUAAACGCUACUUCCGGUACCCAAUUUGCGUCUCUGCGAUUGGUCAAGCCAGUUGUUUGAUUUGCGCGCGCCGUCGUCAACUGACGUUCCCUUUCUGUAGCUAAAUCAGCCUAUUAAAGGGUAAAGGGGUUGAGCCUCCGCGCAUAAAACUUUGUUAAGCGUCCCCCAGGGGUCUCGCAAACGUUCUUCAUAUAGCAGUUGUCAUUCGUCGAGCGGAAUUUCUGUUUAUUCCCGUUAUGUUUUUUUAGGCGGUAGUUCGGCUAUUUCGUCUUCGCCUAGGGGUUAAGUCUUCCGUCAUUUUCUCCUUCUCUGCACUGCCAUCACACCUGAGCCAAUGGCGCCGCCUCUGCGUGACGUCUGUGCGUCCGUUCUUUAUUAGAUAACAUCAAAAUUGACGUCAGAACGUCGCAGUCAGUAGAGAGAUUUGGAGUCACAUUUACAACAAACGUGAAUUCGUACCACGUGACCAAGUUGUCCCUAUUUCUUGUCGUGUUCUGGUCAUUACUUCUACACAAAAAGCAGUAGUUUCAUUCUAGUUUUAUCCGUAAUAUAUUUUCUCAACUUGAAUGUGACGUUUGCCGUAAACACGAUUCUAAAUCUCUCUGAUAACAAAGUGACUAACCUGAGACAAACGAUAAACGAGCCCGUCAUCUCUUGGUCUGUUUAUAAAACUCGGCCACGCCUUGUUUUUCCCUUUUUUCAUAAACACUUUAUGGUGGUUGUUUCGAUAGCCGUCAAACAUUCUUUCUCGUGUUUGAAUUGAAACGCGUUGUGUAAGAUAGUCUGUCUAUACAGUAAAUACACCUAAAGCUUGUUGUAACUCUCCCCUUUCUUUAGAUUUGGGACGGAGUCAGUAAUAAAUGUGUACAAACAUUUCCACAGGCUCAUAAUGGAGCAGAGGUAGGUUGUAGAGAAGCUUACAGGUAGUUUCGCAUGGCAUGUACUAAAACACGGAACACCGGGACACCCCGGAACUUCUCGGAAAACCUAACAAAAGGUAAAGUGAAAAUGAAAACGACUAACAGGAAACCAAACCCUAACCCUGUUUGUUUUUAUUUUUCUUAUGUAUGUUCCGGAGUGUUCCGAAUGUUCCUUGUUCCUGGUUUUAGUACAUGCGAUUUUUUCCUAGGGAUACUCUUCCAAACGAAUAAAAAAUAGUCUAACCUCAGAGACUUGUCUUUCCCGCUAGUCCCGUUUCGUAGGGAGGCCAUUAUCCCACGAGUUCGCGAAAGUAUGCUCCACUUUUCUGUUGGCGUUUGGCGUGAACCGAAAAGAAAGGUCUGCUCUUAAAAUUUUUGCUUCUAUUGUAAUUUUCAUUCGCCAUGCUAUCAAGCGAGAAGGGGACUGGAGCCAAAAUGCGUCCCGCAAUUGUUUGUGGGAUCGCUACUGGGCACGUGCCAGUCAGCUAUUGGCUAAUUUUUUUCCUGUCUCUAGUAACAGUCCCAGAGGUCUUUGCGAAUGUUAACUCGGCCCUAGUUCCCUUCAUGUUUUGAAAGUGGCGAAAAAGCGAAGAAGCCACGCAGGGAAUAAGGUGUUCUCUCUUGGUUCCCCUUCUCUCCGUAGUAGUUAUUAGCAUGUAUAAUCAAUUCAUGGUGACGAGUGAGGUUAUUCCCUUAUUUCACGAGUAUACCAUUUGAUUACCUAUUAAUAUCAUGGGUGACGAAUUACUUUCGCAAUCGAGUUCGACAAUAUACCUGUUAGAAUCCUUCUUGAUGUGCUCUUUCGUGUGUUUAGGUUUUCUAAAGCGUCUUUCCACGUCUUUUAAUGCCCUGACAUCUUCAUUCAUAACUUUUUCACACUUCGUUGCCAUCUUAGUACUGAGACGUAGGGAAGGUUUUUAUAGCAAUUUUGUAAUUUCACUUGUGAAAUUAUAAAUUAGUAUAGGUAAUAGCAUGAUUUGAAGUGAUUUUUGGAAUAAAUACCACGAGUGAUAUUUCAAAAUUGUUAUACGAAAUUUCACGAGCCGUUAGGCGAGUGAAAUUUGAGACAAUUUCGAAAUAUCACAAGUGGUAUUUAUGCCAAAUAUCACGUACAAAUCAUGCUAUUAUUUGUUCAUACUACUACCCACAAAAGGUUUGUAAUUUUCACUUGUAGGUUUUUUCAAAUUAAGCUGAAAUACCACUGCUCUAAGCCAAUCAAAUUGCAGAAAUUUUUCAUGUAGUGGUAUAAACCCUCAAACUUCGCGUCAAAAUUAAGGAAUACAGCCAACUUUCGCCUUGUGGACACCCCGAUAAUACGGACAACAGCUAAGUCCCCUGCAAAAAUAAAUUACAGACGUUUGACUGAAGUAAACUCUCGCUAUUACCGACUCGGUAAUGAGGACACUAACUCGAAGUCCCUACAGUGUCCGCAAUAAAGGGAGUUAACUGUAAUUUGUCACUCAUGAUAAUUAGAGUAUUAAUUGUUAUUUGCAGGUGUAUUCCGUUUGUUUCUCUCAGAACUCAAAGGUAUGUCAUUAAGGAGCUCCUACUGAAUAAGAGGAAUUUUGAAUGAGUCUUCGGGAUGAAAUACCGUAAAAUUCCGAAAAUAAGCCCCUCCAAAUAUAAGCCUUCUAAACCGGUAACGCAAAAAACCCUCCGUUAAAUCGCCCCUCCAAAUAUAAGCCCCCCGGGGGCUUGUAUUUGGAAAAUUACCCUCAAAUACAAAGUAAAACAAAGCAAAAACGGUAAAUUUACUUCCAACUAUAAGGCUAGCCCAAUCGAUUCAAAACGCAAAUUUCCUUCCGUAGAAAAGCCCCUCCGAAUAUAAGCCUCUCCAAAUGUAAGCCCCUCCAAAAGGGCCUUUGAAAAAUGUAAGCCCUGGGGCUUAUUUUCGGAAUUUCACGGUAAUUUGAUGAAUCUUAUAGGCUUGUGGUACUGGGACGGGUUGUUGUGUGCUUCAGUUAUAUAUUUUGUUCUGUUUUAAGGGCCUCUUCACAUGAGCCCGGUUUCCGAGAUCUCGCCUCACCUCUAAAUCCUUUGUAAAAUUUUCGAUGUGUUCAUAUGAGAGGGCGGGCUGGCUCGGUUCCCGAGAUCUAGGUUUUUCCAACCGGGCCGAAAAAUUUGACAGAGAGUCCCUCACCGGGAUGAAAGCUGUAUGAACGGCCCGGAUAGCAUCGUCUUGCAUUACCUGCUGAAUUUUCUACAUCAUAAGCAUCCCAUUUAACUGCAGUGAUACAGCUUUAAGAGGUGCCGAUGCUAUGAUGGGCAGGAAAGUUAUAAUUUUUGUGUUUCGCCAUGUUUGCUUUGUUUCUCGAAUUUCGCGCUAGAACUCGUUCCCAGGAUAUAUGUUUUUUUUUUUCAUCUCGGAAACCGGGCUGAAAUUCAUCACAUGAACCCAAGGCGAAAUUGGUCCCGAUAACUGGGCCAACUUCGUCAACCGGGCUCUUGUGAAGAGGCCCUAAGUUUAAGUGGACUUAAAGCCUUCAGAACAGCUUUGUCUUCUCAGCCUAUAAUUUCGGUGCCUGUUGGAGUUUAUCUAAACUGCUAAAUCCUCAAUGUCAUAAGAAUAAUCAUCCUUACCAUUAGUUAUGACUCUCAGAGUUUUUAUUCUGGAAAUAGUUAUGGUUUAAACUCACAUUUUUUGUAAAUAAUGGUGAUACUUGUAACCUGGGGUCAAUUUAAUAAAACUUUUACAGGUUUAAUUUACAAGUGCAGCUAUUCUUUUCGGACCCAAAAACAAUAGCUACACUUGCAAAUUACACUUGUAAAAGUUUUAUCAAUUUGACCCCUGUUUUGAUGUCCUCAAUGAGCAGUAAUUCUAAAUCUUUUUGACACAUAUUACCGUAGCCUCCCCGCAGACGUCCUUUGGGGUUCGUUUGUCACGCAUUCAUUUUAGAAAUGAAUGCGUGACAAACGAACCCCAAAGGACGUCUGCGGGGAGGCUAAUAUUACCGGUUCUUUAUCUUACCUCUGUUGUUUUCUGCAGUAUAUCGUGUCCAGUGGGAAGGAUUCUCUGGUAUUCUUAUGGGAACUUGCGACAGGUAUUAUUUUGAACUCAAUUAAUUAAUUAAUUAAUUUAUUUAUUCAUUCGUUCAGUUUAUUUACAAUUUUUUUAGUCGGGUGAGUGUUAACGUGAUACUACUUUUACUGGUAUUCUAAAUUCGUUACAGUAAGAGAUGUACUGAUUUCGUGAAAACGACGGAGUACAGAGCCAAAACAGGGAACCGAGCUGAACGGAUAUCGGUAUUCAUUUCUUACUCCGUGCAUUCUGAACAGUUCGUCGUUAUGCUUGGAAGGGAGGGUGGUUGGGCAAAGGCAAGCGCGAGGUGUUCGUGAAUCGCGUGCUCCACCGUCGCGCGUAUCUCGCGCACCACGCACUUCUCUCCUUUGCCUUUGCUUGCCUGAAAAACGCGAAGUAAUCUAGAGAUUUAGAAUAACGUUUACAGUAAAUGGUAAACGUCAGUUUCAAAGAGAAAAUUUCAUAAAUUAGAUAAUGAGCAGAUAGAAACGGUCAAAGAUGAUUUUUAUGGAUGAAACUGACAUGAAAAUUCUUGUUCGUUUUUUUUUUGGUAGAAACAGGGACCUUUAGUUUCUAAGACGACAACGAAUACGAGAUUUCCCCAAUGCUAAGUAGUGCUCGCGCGAGAAUCAGCGUCAUUUAAGCGGGAAAACGUGGUAGCCGUCGUCACUCUACUACGAGUUUUAGGGAGAAUGUCGAAGUGUCGGAAACCAGUUAUCAAAUGUUAGAAGUUUUGACAUUUUGCGAUCGGGAGAGGGUGUAACCUCCUUCGCUAAAGGUAACAGUGCUAACUCAAAUUUGUUUGUUUGUUUCUUACAGGAAGAGCGCUCAGCAUGUACACGGGGGCCUCGAUGUCGAAUUUCAAGUCACAGAUUGUCUUCAACCACACAGAGGAUUUCAGUGAGUCAAUGAUUUGAAGAAGGAAUAGUUUACUUGUGUAUAAGGGUCCCUUCCUCUUCCCGACUUAUCUAGGAGGAUCGAAGGGCCUCUACUCGCGGGGUAUUAGUUUCUAUAAUCUUUGAUGGCUUUGAUUAUCUUCGUGCUCAAGUCUAGAGGUUACCACUGACUCGGGCUUUGCGUUGGAAAGCUUUUUUUUUUUUUAAAGAAAAACGAAGUUAGGCACUCUAGAACUGAGUGCACUGUGUCUGUGACAAAUUAGUUAAGUGUUGAAGUAAGUCGUUUUGCCAUUGAAAAUCUUUUUGCUUGUUUUCGAUAGUGAUCGUUGCGGAUGAAUCGAACAACAGUAUAGCUUGCUGGGACACAAGAACUACGGAGAAGCAGAAAACGCUUACUUCAGGUAAAUUGUCGUCCUCGUUUAGACGUAAGGUUUAAUUUGGAGAAUAAACUACGGUAGCAACUUUUUUGGUUAUGGUAACCGUUGGUAGAAAUUAGUUGCAAGAACAAACUAAACGAGUAGGAAAUUUUUGAAAAUGUUGUCGUUUGAUUGUCCAGGUCGACAGGCUUCUUAGCGGCGGCGGAGCGAAAUAAAAAGUUGGGGUGGGGGGAAGGGUGGGAAGAUCUCUUCUGCAAGGAAGUCAGUUUUCUAAUCCGGAUUUUUCUUGCUUCUUUUUAUAAACUUUCAGGUCACAACGGACACAUUCGUUGUAUCACCCACUCCCCGACGGGUGCUGCUUUUGUCUCUUGCAGCGACGACUUCAGAGCGAGGUUUUGGUAUUGCGAAGGAGUAUAGAACUACUACUACUAAAACGGAGAAUAAGUGCAAAGAAGAGUGCAAAAAAAAGCAAAAGAAAAAAGAAGAAAAAAAAGAAGCGAGGAAGAAUGGGCAGCCAAUGCGGCCCUCGUAACAUGCCACAGACAUUGUUCAUGGGACCGAUAUUGAGAUUACUGCCCUGGAGAUUUUGUUCAGGGCACAGGAUUACUGAUUCGUCCUCAUCCUGAGCGUUCUUUUAACAUGUUUAACAUGUUCAUUGGACCAUUUGGCUCAGUGUAGUAAAUUUUCAAAAAGUCGAACAUAGACUGAACCACUCCUAAGUAACUCUCAUGAGCUCAUUAUCUUCCUCUGAAUUGUAUCUCAGUCUCAAGGUGUCACCAGGAGAGACUGUGAGCAUUCAUUCAAACUCACUGUCGAUAUGCUUUUUUAGGAUCUUUUUGCAUCGAAGACCCCAGAUAGGUGAGGUAACAUGUGGCGGGUCACCCCAUUUAUCAUGUAAACGUGAUCAAAUUAAAAUGAGAGAUUAUAUGGACAGGCGGGUUACCCCACCUAAGCAGGUCACCUCACCUACCUGGGGUCCCCCACCUCCAUGUAAACUGGCCCUUAGUCAGUUCAUUUUUCUUUGUUAUGUAAAACCUUACCAGGAAUUACAGUCGUUAUCGUUAUUAUUGCUAGGAGAACACAGAUGUCAUCUCACAUUGACACUGGAAGUUAUCGUCUUAGGUACUGGCGGGAAAGUUGAGACCGCGGGGCGUCAUGGGAUUUCCUUUUCAUCUUUCCGAGCUUCUUUGCGCCCGAAUUUAUGCAAAUUUAGAAAGUUAGUGCACAUUCCCCCCGGGCAUUUGUCACCUUUUCGGUCCCAGUGGUGGGGAUUGGUCAGAACCUUUGCCCGGGGCAAUUCUUCUAGAAGCGGACAACGUCGUUCCUUUUCAAUUUUUCACUGAAAAAUAUGCUUAUUUAGAUAGCGUUAGAUAUUUCUGUAAAGAAUAUUUUUAAUACCUAUGCUUUAGAAAGAUAUGCGUGGUUUUCCCUCAAUCACUUCUCUACCCCACAGUAUUUUUUGUAUCCGUCGAAGAAAUUGCUUCCCGCCAUCGUGAUCAGUUGGCACAUGGAGGAAAAACUAUCAAGGUAUCGUUUGAAGAGUGUAAAGAAAAAGACACUUUCUUUGUGCGUGAAUGGUUGAGGCAGGAAGGCCUAGAAAACUCUGCGAGAUAUUCGUGUAUUGUGCGAUAAGACGGUUCCUUCGUGAUGAGAAAACACUCAUGUUAAGCUCGUCGG